UCAUGGCUGACCUUCUUCAUUUAUUGGAAGUCUGAUCUCUUUUCCCUUUCGUAUUCCGGCCCCCCUCCACCCCCACAUCUCUCACAAGCAAAAGAACCCUAGACCCGAGAGCCCGGUCCCCCUCUCGCUAUCCGAGUGGACGGUGGCGAUGGUGAGAUGAAGGCAUUGUGUUUAUGGAAGUUGGUUAAAAAUCUGAUCUUUGCUUCGCCCAUUUGACAAUUUCGUCGAACAUCCCCUUUGGUUUUUCUAUCACCGGCUUACAUGGAUGAUGAUGGCGGAUUAGGAAUCCGGAAUUGGGGCUACUAUGAGCCACCAUCGAAGGGAAACCUUGGGCUGCGGCUUAUGUCCUCUGUGGUGGAGCGCAAUGCAAAGCCCCUUCUAUCAAAUGGGGGGUUCAUUCAUCGGCACUGCAGCUUCCCGGAGCCAUCGGUUUCAAUGGACUUCAUGAGAGACGGUUGGACUCAGCAGGGCAACGACAGCAGCAAGAGCUUCCACACUUUUCCGGUGCGCCAUCAGCAUCAUCCCAGUUACGGCGUCCUCCCUGAUCCCCCUACCGUCCACAACAUCCAGAUGCUGCAGCAUCCGGAGCCACAACCCAAGGACGACAAGGUUUUGAUGGCGGACACCACUGGUAAAAAUGAGCCACCUUUGAAGAAGAGGCCCAGGGGUUGUCUGCAGAAAUCCUCGAAGCCCAAGAGGCCUAAGAAAGUCACAGCGCCAAGUGAUGAGGUUCCCAAUGGUUCAGUUUCACGAGGGAAGGCUGCAAGGAAGAGCACAGGCAUGAUCAUCAACGGGAUCGAUUUUGAUAUCUCAAGGAUUCCAACUCCGGUGUGCUCUUGUACAGGAAAGCCCCAGCCGUGCUACCGGUGGGGCGUUGGAGGGUGGCAGUCGGCAUGCUGCACCACCAACAUGUCAAUGUACCCUCUACCAAUGAGCACCAAGAGGCGGGGUGCACGCAUUGCUGGUCGAAAAAUGAGCCAGGGUGCCUUUAAGAAGGUGCUGGAGAAGCUUGCUGGAGAAGGAUAUAACCUUUCAAAUCCAAUUGACUUGAGGACAUUCUGGGCCAAGCACGGUACCAACAAGUUUGUGACAAUCAGAUAAAGUGGAGACUUGGCUCUCUGUGGAUGUGCAGUGUUGCUCUCUAUGUUUUCUGUUAUGACCAAAAGGGGCUCAGUAUUUGUGAUGCUGCAAAACAUUAGACUUAAUGAUGGCUGAUUAUGAGUUAUACUCUGAUGGAGCUAUGCAGUGGGAUCAGAGAGUUCAUUAAAGAACAGUCAAAUUCAUGGAACAAAAUUGGAUGGGACAUGAAGGUUGAUCAUAUGGAUUUGUUCUUGGGAUGUGCACAAUGAUAGGAAUGGUAGAGUUUAACAAGUAAUUCAAGUUUCUUCAAAGAUGGGUUUUAAGUGCAUAUGUUGCAUUGAUGAUAACUGGUGUUAUUGUUUCAGGAGUCUCCAAAUUCCAAAUUCCAAGGAGAGGUAAAAAACUGAGCUUGAUGACAUAUCCACCUUUUUUUUC